AUGCCGCGUCUUGUCAGGAAGAAGCCGCUCGCCGAGCGCGUGAAAGCCUGGCUCAACCCGAUGGACAACCUUCUAUGGUUGUCGGAGGAGCUCGAGACAAGGGAUUGGGACUCCAAGGCGCUGGGGACACAGCUGGGGCUCGCAUUCAACUUCGCCUUCCUUCUUUCCAGAGCUAAUAGCACGGUUUCGGAUGUCGAGGAUGAUGUAUUCGGGGACGCAGGUUCUGGCAGCUUCGUGACGUUCGUGGUUCGACCACUCGUUUGGGUUCUAGCCAUCGUUUCCUUUACCAACGCAUUCUACGCCAUGACAAGAACGAGACAGUACCGAUUGUUCCAAGUCAGUGUCGAGGACAAGCCGCAUACCCCUUCAGCUCAACGAGUUAAGGCAAGAUCCGAUCCUUCCGUCUCUUCUCCUCUUCGACGACUAGGAAGCCUUCUUGCACCUGAAAAUGCCGAGGCUCGCGCCCACCCUGAUAAGCUGAGUGAUGUGUGGGAACUGAGCGUUUGGGACCCUCUCCCGGUUUCUCUACAGCUCUUCUGCUUGUUCAGCCCCGGCCACGUUCUGGUCUACAUGAUGUUCCUUCCCCUGGUGCCCUUGGACCCGCGACCUAGCGUCACUGUCUUUAACUGCAUCAUUUUGCAGCUUAUUCUCUCGGCGCAGCUGCUUUUCGUCCAGUCCCGAUACGCCCAACAGAUCAAGGACACGGCCAUUAUCCACAAGGAGGUUCUUCACGAGUACGACGCCAAGUUUGUGCGCCCGCGCCUUCACCCUGUUGUUCGCGAUGUCGGUACGCAGUGCUCGCCUGAAGAGUCUAAAGAUGAAGAGUCAUUUGUCGAAGUCGGUACUCCCACAACGGUCAUCAAGAAGGAAUUUGUGGUCACUCCCAAUCCCCACGUUAGCAAGGACGAGCCGGUUCAUACACCACCUACGAGUGGGUUUGCUUCUCGUCUUUUCACACCUACAUCGAGCCGGCGCUCUGAAAUGUUCACGCCAGUACCUAGUUCACGACCCAUCCGACAGAGCCUCCCGUCUGGGUAUCAGUCUACUUCGACAUCUACUUCAAACAUUGGCACAAAUGCUGGGUCCACAAACUUUGGUGGAAACCUUGGCGUGUUCACGCAUGCGAAGUCGCCGCUUAAGAAGGCAACAAGCAUGAACGAUGUCAACCAAGGUUUUAUGUCACCGCGGAACUCUCGGGAAAUGGCGGCACUUGAACAGCGCAGGGGAGGAAGCCCGCUGAAGCAUUCCGAGACAAGAAGAUCAACGGGCUCCGAUGCGGUGGACACACAUUCAGCCAACUACAACCCUUUUGCUAGUGCGAAGAGGAAUAGGACAUUGCAACAACAAGAACGAUACCCGUCGAGAUGGUCUGGGUUCCAUUAG